GUGAAAAAUUUUGCUGUAAUUUACCUCGUAGAUAUCACAGAAGUACCAGACUUCAACAAAAUGUACGAACUGUAUGAUCCCUGUACAGUCAUGUUCUUCUUCAGAAACAAGCACAUAAUGAUUGAUUUAGGCACCGGUAACAACAACAAAAUUAACUGGGCAAUGGAAGACAAACAAGAGAUGAUUGACAUCGUAGAAACAGUUUAUCGAGGAGCUCGUAAAGGUAGAGGUCUCGUUGUAUCACCCAAAGACUACUCAACCAAAUACAGAUAUUGACUUUUUGGCUAUUUAUUUCAAGUCACAUUUCUUG